AUGGAGCCGUUCAGCCGGCAGCUGGAUGUCCUAUUCCAAAACGUGCGAGAGGACAUCCUGAAGCAGCAUGAGCACCACAUGACUGUCCAAAGACUUCGCAUGCGGUCCUUGAUGGGAAAGUCGACGGAGUUCUUCCGAUUAGACCGGCCGCCUGACACCCUGACCACCCUCCGUACGCCGAGCAUUAGAAGGAUGCAGACUUGGGGCUCGGAGCGGUCCUCCAGCUCCAUUCGAUCUCGAUCGAAAGAGAAGCUGCAACGAAGUGCCCCACGGCCUCCUUCAGAGAACAAGCUGAAGGUCACGGCGCCCCAUCCACUGCCUGGAGGGGUACCGGCGGAGGUAGAUGAAGUGGAGAGUGUCGCUGGCAUGGAGCUUCUGCCGGACGGCCUUCCAGCUCCUCUGGUCGCCCAGCAGGAAGGCAACUUUGUCACCAAAGACGCCUAUUCCAAUGCGUUCGCCAAGCCUGAUGAUCCCGUAUCCGGCGCCGAGGAAACAGUCGCUGACCGCCGUGAACAGCCUCCAAAUGAUGAGUUUGGCAGUCCAACAUCCGUCUCAGGAUAUGUGGUUGCAUCUGCAUCGAUCCCCACUAUUCCAUGCAUGUCAGAUGCAGACGACACCGAUAAGACCGAUAAGAUGGCAAGUGGCAAAAAGCUUUCCUUCAAUGUUCACGAGGAGGAGCGUCGCAGCUCGAAUGCGAGCAAGCGCAGUAAAAUCAGCUUCGACAGCAACGGCUCCUUGCCAUCGUUCUUCAAGGCGCAGACGGCAGGAACUUCGCAGUGGAAGAUCUUCCUGCAAGACAGCGAGUCGAGCGCCUCAGCUGGGAUUUUCGCCCGGGUAUGGAACUUCUUCAUCCUGACGACAGUCUUCCUAUCUCUGACGCAGGCAUUGAACCCUCCUCCCAUUUCGGGCGAGCGUCUCGGCUACGUCGAGGUUGUCAUCGAAGCGCUUUUCUGCAUGGAGCUUGUGGCCAAUGCGGUAUUGGAGCCUCGCAAGUUCGUUCUAUUGCGAGACCCUCACACCUACAUUGACAUCGCAGCAGUGCUACCGAUGGUUUUGCGCAUCGAAGCGGGCUUCGUUCUGCCUCCGAUGUCGGACAGGCCGUUCAGCCACUAUGUUCUCGUAGGUGUUGUUCCGACGGUCCGUUUGCUGAAGCUGGUGCGCCGAUUUGGCAAACUCAGCUUAGUCUCCCACGUGCUAAGCACCACGGGAGAUGCGUUGAAGUUGCUGCUUUUCCUCAUCUCGGUAAUUGUACUCAGCUUCUCUACAUUAAUGUAUAUCGUCGAGCCUUCUGACAUCAUCGAUUCGUUGAGCACGGCCAUGUGGGUCUGCACCGUGACCGUGACGACGGUCGGGUACGGAGACGUCACGCCUUCUACCACUGCAGGGCGGAUGCUCGCAGGAGUCCUUUGUUUCCUGUCCGUGCUUUUCAUGGCUAUGCCCAUCUCAGUCUUGGGCAACGCUAUGACCCAUGCAUGGGCAGAUCGCAGCCGAAUUCUGUUGAUGACCCGGACACGCCAAAGACUUAAGAGCUACGGAUAUGAAGCCAGCGACAUGCCGUCGCUUUUCCGAAAGUUCGACAGCAACGGCAAUGGGGAGCUGACCAUGGAUGAGUUCUGCGAUAUGGUCUCGAAGAUGAAUGUCGGCAUUCGGCCGUCGGAGGCUGAAGAGCUUUUCGAACUCUUCGACACAGAUGCGAGCGGAGGCAUUGACGACAGGGAGUUCAUGAAGGCUUUAUUCCCUGAUGACUACCGGAAGCUCUAUAUCAGAACCACGACCAUGGCAUCUUUCUGA